AUGGCGACUCAGGCGGUUUCCGCCGUCGCCGGCAUCGCGCCUCAGCAGGCUGCGCCCGCUCAGUCGGCGAAGGCCUCCGGCUUCGCCUCCGGCGGCGUCCGCGUGCCCCGCGUCGCGGGCCUCGCGAAAGGCUCCGCUCGCGUCAAGCACGUGACCCGCGCCUCCGCGACCCCCCAGUUCGAGAAGGACAUGGAUCAGCUCGAGGCGCAGCAGUCCGCCCUCGGCCAGGCCCGCCUCGGCGCCUACGGCGUCGUCGUCGGCGGCGCCCUCGCGGUUGGCGCCGCAGCGGGCACCGCCACGGGCUCCAACGCCGCCAAGGCUGUGCUCACCGCGGGCCUCGGCGCCGGCGCCGCCGUCGCCGUCGCCACCGCGGACAAGAAGCGCGUCUCCGCCGCGCCCAAGGCGCUCUGGAACGGCAUGCUCAACCGCGAUCCCGCGACCAUCACCAAGGCUGACGUGGAUGCCAUCGGAGCCAAGUUUGGCAUGAAGGACAUGUCCAAGGAUUGCCCCGAGGCGGUCACCGAGCUCUACGACGCCUACCUCCAGAGCAUCGUCCCCAUGGGCGACGAUCCCGUGCAGGGCUGGGAGCCCGAGGCGCUCCGCAACUUCCGCCAGCAGCUCGGCCUCGAGGAUGCCGACGCCGCCAACGCGCACAUCGAGGUUGGCCGCCGCCUCUUCCGCAAGCGCAUCGAGCUCGGCGACAAGGACGCCGACCUCGAGUCCCGCCGCGAGUUCCAGAAGCUCGUCUUCAUCUCCACCCGCACUUUUGGCGAGAAGCAGGCCAAGUUUCUCCUCCCCUGGAACCGCAUCUUCCGCGUCUCCGACGCGCAGGUCACCCUCGCGAUGAAGGAAUCCGCCUCCAACCUCUUCAAGAACCACGUCAACGAGUCCGGCGCCAUCAACACCCUCGAGGCGGGCGCGCUCGCCGCCGCCAGGGCGUACCAGCAGGAGCUCAACCUCAAGGAUGCGGACUGCGCUGAGGUUGUCCAGAAGCUCGCUCAGGAUUACGUCGUGUCCAAGGUUGAGGCGGCGUCUGAGCUCGCGCAGGUCCGGUCCGUCAACUCGGACUUCACCGAGGCGAACAAGCUCCUCACCGAGGUGCUCGACUACAACAAGAAGAUGGGCGCCGGCGGCGACGCGCUUCCCGGCCUCCAGGUUGUCACGCUCGCGGGUUCCUCCUUCGAGGAUAAGAGCGGCGAGGCGAACACCCUCUUCCGCAACUUUGUCACCCAGGGCACCGAGGCUGGUGAGUUCUCCGCCGAGCUCAAGUCCUCCGCGGGCGCCCUCAAGGUGCUCUUCGGCAUGGGCAACAAGGAGGCGGAGGAGAUCGUCCUCGACGUCACCACCAAGAGGUACCGCGAGCUCCUCCGCGACGCCGUCAAGUCCGGCGAGCUGGACAAGGCGGAGUCCCCCGCGAAGGUUCUCCAGUCCAUCUGCGAGAAGCUUCAGUUCCCCCCCGAGGUGGCCGCCGAUGUCAACAAGGAGAACUACCGCACCAAGAUGGAGCAGGUCAUGGAGAAGAAGAAGCUCACCGACGAAGACGUCGAGGCUCUCGGCCGCGUCCGCCGCCUCCUCUGCGUCCCCAAGGAUGUCGUCGACGAGUGCACCAUGGACAUCUGCGGCGCCGUCUACAAGUCCGCCGUGCUCAGCGCCCUCUCCGUGGGCACCGAGUCCUUCACCCCCGAGCUCCGCGACAGGUGCAAGCGCGCCAAGGACGCCGUGCGACUCACCGAUGACAUGGCGCUCAAGAUUCUCAAGAACGAGGUUGUCAAGGCGUUCAUGGCGUACAUCCGCGUCGCGCGCACCAAGCAGAACAAGAUCGAGCAGAGCAAGGAGAUUCGCAAGAUGGUCUACUUCAACAGCACCGUGGUCACCCCCAUGGUGUCUGACGUGACCAAGGCGGCUGCCGAGGAUGCCGCCAAGGAGCUCGCGGAGCUGCUCAAGGAGGCUCAGGCGGCGGCCAAGCAGGAGGAGGAGGACGAGAAGAAGGAGGCUGAGGCCAAGGCUGAGUCCGAGGAGAAGAAGGAGGAGGGUGAGGAGGCCAAGGACGGCGAGGAGAAGAAGGACGUCGAGGCCAAGGCUGACGGUGAGGAGGGUGAGGACAAGAAGGCUGAGGAGGACAAGAAGGAGGCUGAGGAGAUCGCCGCCAAGGUCGAGCAGCCAGCUUACCAGAAGGAGAUCAACCUCAAGGACGAGGUCGACAGCGUCACCGCCCAGGGUAUCUACCAGGACUACCUCAUGUUCUGCAUGCAGGGCGACACCGUGAACGCGCCCAUGGGCGUGCAGAUUACCAUCGAGCGUGACCAGUCCGAGUUUACCCGCCUCUCCCAGCUCGGCGACAUCCUCGGCCUCAACCAGUUUGAGGUUGGCUCCGUGCACAAGGGCCUCGCCGACAAGGCGUACCGCGCGCAGGCUGAGCAGAUUCUCGGCGACGGCCGCGGCCUCACCGCCGACCGCGCCGAGAAGCUCAAGGAGAUCCAGCAGGGCCUCUCCCUCCCCGACGCGGAUGCGCAGAAAAUCAUCAAGGGCAUCACUUCCAAGAAGAUGCUCCAGGACAUGCAGGCGCAGAUUGCCAUGGGCACCCUCACCAUCGCCGACAUCCGCAAGAUGAAGGAGGAGGGCGUCGACAUCGAGAACAACAUCUCGAUGGACAAGCGCAUGUCCAUGUUCCGUAAGAACGCCGAGAAGCGCCUCACCGACGGCUCUGGCUCCUCUGACCUCUCCGCCCUCACCGAGACCCUGCCCGAGGAUCUCUCCAUCACCAAGGAGAAGGCGCAGUCGGAGCUUCUCAAGAUUGCCAACGAGAAGAAGCGCUCCACCAUGGUCCAGGCGGUGGCUGAGCUCCGCCAGAAGAAGGUUGGCGACGUGAUCAAGUCCGCCAAGAACCUCGUCGCGUGCCACGGCGUCGCGCCCGAGUCCAAGCUCGAGUGGGCCGUUCAGGAGGAGCUCAAGGACAUCUUCAGCGUCUUUGUCAUGGAGGGUGCGGGUGCCGAGGAGCAGGAUAAGCUCCAGGCGGCGCUCGGACUCGAUGACGCCGUCUGCGCUGAGCUCAAGGAGGUUGUGGGUGCGGGCAAGUUCCAGCUCAAGGCUGACGUCGCGGACGAGGCCCUGUUCUAA